AUGAUCACCAAUCCAUCGCACUCCGUUUUUCACAGAAUGGCUGCCAGAGAGCCAUCCAGGUACCUAACAAGGGCAUUGCCCCGGGCAUCUGUGCCAUCAAUUCGCCCUCAAGGCUUUUUAUCGCGUCGCAAUGUCUCCGAUGAAGCCCCGGCGAGGCGUCUGUCGGACCACCUGACGGAGCUGGAAUCGGCAUCCUCUCUGUCGACGACUGUCCCAAACAGCGCCGCAGCAUCAUUCGACCCGCUUGCACGAGCAGCUGCUCGUAAGAACCAGCUUCCCCGAGGCCGAUACCAAUUCCGCUCCCCCAAAUACAACCGUGGUCCUCUCCACCCUCACCAACCGCCGCCACCAUCCCAUCCCUCCUCCCGGCUGUUCGUCCCAGGCCCGUUCUCCGCGCCCCGAGCAGAGCAGACCUUCGACUCAACCGUCUCCCCCGACAUCAUGACACUAUGCUACGUGCACACGCCACCAGGCUUCAAGCCUCCCCCCAAAUCGGCCCGUCUCCGCGAGUGGGACGACAGCUCGCCCUACCACAAGAACCGUGUGCUGCGCGGACCCCGUGGCGGCGACGUCCUGCGUCUGCUCCGCAAGCCGAUCAAGUUCAACAACAUCCCGGAGAUUGAGCGCAUCACAAUCCACAGUUAUGUCAAGAACGCCGCGGCUGAGAGGAACUCGUCUUGGCUGCAUGUCGCUGGUAUUGCCGUCCAGGCUAUUUCCAAUGUUCGUGUUGAGACUUUCAAGUCCAAGUCGAACGUUGCUCCUUGGGGUAUUGCGGCGGGCCGUGACUCUGUCGCUGUUAAGGCUGAGCUCUAUGGCGAGAAUAUGUACCACUUCUUUGGUAAGCUGGUUGAUGUCGUCUUGCCCCGUAUCAAGGAUUGGGAAGGUGUCAAGGGAUCCAGUGGCGAUAGCAGUGGUAACAUCACUUUCGGUCUGAUUCCGGAGAAUGUUGCUCUGUUCCCGGAGCUUGAAAUCAACUACGAUAUGUAUCCUCCCAAGAUGAUCCCUGGUUGCCACAUCACUCUCCACACUACCGCCAAAACUGACAAGGAUGCACGACUUCUCCUGAGUGCCAUGGGUAUUCCUUUCUACGGCAAGAUUGUGAACUAA